AAUGCAAAGAACCGGUAAGCCUUGGUAUGGAAAAUGGUGACAUACCUGACUCCCAAAUAUUAGCUUCAUCAGAAUGGGAUGCGAACCAUGGAGCAGUUAACUCAAGACUGAACUUCCGGGCUCAAGGCAAACGUCAAGGCGCUUGGUCUGCAAGACGUAAUGAUCUCAACCAAUGGCUUCAAGUGAAUUUCGUACUUCAGGCUACUGUAACUGAGAUCUUAACGCAAGGUCGCAGUAAUGCGGACCAAUGGGUGACGAGUUAUACUGUAUCAUACAGCAACGAUGGUCUGAAUUUCUUUGCUUAUCGCGUGAAUGGAGUGGUUAAG